AUGUCUGCUGACCUAGUAUCCAGUGCAACGAAUGAUAGUUCCGAAGUUCCAGCUUCAGUGAAUUUCCAGGAAGCCACCCGAUCAAUCCUGAUUACUUCGCCUAUCCAUCACAAUGAUAACCAAGAUUCAUACAGGGCUCAGCCUGGACCUCAAAUCUGCGGUCCUGGUUUUAGGCGACAGGAUACAGGAGUUGAGAUAAACUGCUCGUCAUCGAGUGCCGAAGUUCCUUCACUGUCAGUGACAAGGAUUAAACAUGUGACAAGCCCGUUGGACGAUAGAUUGCCACGAGAGGACCUCCAUGAUAUCGUAUCCUCUAAGAAUGAAAAUAACACCAUUCAAUCCAUCGGUAUCCCGAUUGAUUCUGGGAAUAUCAGGUUGUCAUCCUCAUUUUUGACAGGUCAAUCGUCAGCCAAAAGCGAAGUUGAGGCCGAAAUUAUCUCAGCUUGCCCUACUCAGGCCACCUCUAGCUCUCCUAUUUCAAAGGCCGAGUCUGCUUUGAAUAGAGGCGAGACGAUCGGCACAGUCACUACGGCGCAGAAGAGCCCUAUUGCUGGUGGUGGAUUGAUUGUGGCUGCAAGACAACAGGAGGAAGAGAGCCGACAACAACAACGUCAGUUGCACCAUCACCAUCACCAACAACCUCACCAUCGCACCCAAGCGAGUCCAUCUCCGAUUACUUCUUCCGGCCAUUCUGCUUCAGGAGCGCUCUCUGGCCUCAGACAGAAUGCGCAACUGUUUCGUGCUGACUUACCUCCUCGGUUUGCUCGUCUUCUCAUGGAACGUCAACUUCAACAACAGGCUUUGCAGGAUAAGACUCAUUCGAUGCAAAUUUCAAAGAAGCCCACUGCAUCUGGAGAGGAUGAGCCACUUUCUAUCAAUAGGGCCUAUUUUGAGAAUUUAGAUUGA